CCAGGAAACAGGAAACACGUGAGUUCAGGGAAAGAGAAACUGAAGUGUAGUUGAGCUGUUGUGUGUUUGUGUCUCUUUAUUUAAGCAGUAAAAUGGCAGAAGCCAGAUUUUCUCAGGAUGAGUUCAUGUGUUCAGUGUGUCUGGAUCUCCUGAAGGAUCCAGUGACUAUCCAGUGUGGACACAGUUACUGUAAGACCUGUAUUACAGACUCCUGGGAUCAGGAGGAUCAGAUGAGAGUCUACAGCUGUCCUCAGUGCAGACAGACCUUCAGUCCAAGACCUGCUUUAGCUAGAAACACCAUGCUGGCUGAAGUGGUGGAGAAACUGAAGAAGACCAGACUCUCUGCUGACUGUGACGCUGGAGCUGGAGAUGUGCAGUGUGACGUCUGUACUGGAAGAAAAUACAAAGCUGUCAAGUCCUGUCUGGUGUGUCUGAACUCUUACUGUCAAAAUCACCUCGAACAACACGAGAGUUGGUUUAAAGGAAAGAGACACUAUUUGACUGAUGCCACUGGACGACUGCAGGAGAUGAUCUGCCAGAAACAUGAGAAGCUCCUUGAGAUUUUCUGCCGCACUGACCAGAAGUGUAUAUGUGUGCUGUGUAUGGAUGAACAUAAAAACCAUGAGACUGUUUCAGCUGCAGCACAGAGGACAGAGAAACAGAAGCAGCUGAAGGAGACGCAGAAGACGCUCCAGCAGAGAAUCCAGCAGAGAGAGAAAGAUCUUCAGCAGCUGAGAGAGACUGUGGAGUCUCAGAAGUGCUCUGCACAGACAGCAGUGGAGGACAGUGAGAAGAUCUUUACUGAGCUCAUCCGCUCCAUUGAGAGAAGCCGCUCUGAGCUGAUACGACUGAUCAGAGAUAAGGAAAAGACUGCAGUGAGUCGAGCUGAAGAACGACUGGAGCGACUGGAGCAGGAGAUCAAUGAUCUGAGGAGGAGAGACGCUGAGCUGGAGCAGCUUUCACACACACAGGAUCACAUCCAGUUCCUGCAGAGUUUCCAGUCUCUCUCAGCACCUCCUGAAUCUACAGACGUAAAUGAUGAUCUCUUCAGUUCUCUCUUCUCUUCUGAUGGUCUGAGAGAAUCUGUCCUUCAGCUGAGAGACAAACUGGAGGACUUCUGCAAAGAGGAGCUCAGGAAGAUCUCAGACAGAGGUAAAGUCCUGGAGAUUCAUCUGCUCUCAGAAACCAGUCCAUCAUCCAGGAACGACUUCCUACAAUAUUCCCAUCAGCUCACUCUGGAUCCGAACACAGUGAAUAAACGCCUCCAUCUGUCUGAGAACAACAGAGAGAUUACUGUCACUGGCACAGCCCAGUCGUAUCCUGAUCAUCCAGACAGAUUUGAUUAUUGGCGUCAGGUGUUGUGUAGAGAGAGUGUGUGUGGACGCUGUUACUGGGAGCUGGAGUGGAGUGGGACUCGUGUGUUUAUAUCAGUGUCAUAUAAGAGCAUCAGCAGGAAGGGAUGGGGUGAUGAGUGUUGGUUUGGAUAUAAUGAUCAGUCCUGGAGUUUGUUCUGCUCUCCCUCCAGAUACUCAUUCAUACACAAUAACAUAGUGACUGAUCUCCCUGUAGAGUCCAUCAGCAGUAGAAUAGGAGUGUUUGUGGAUCACAGUGCAGGAACUCUGUCCUUCUACAGCGUCUCUGACACAAUGAGCCUCAUCCACACAGUCCAGACCACAUUCACUCAGCCGCUCUAUCCUGGGUUUUGGGUUAAUGGUGGAUCAUCAGUGAAACUGUGUUGAUGAAUCAGAAUCAACUGACAAGAGAUUCUACCCAUAAUGCUUUGAGCUGCAAGUAACUUCUUUUCUCAAUCUCUGUUUGUGUUGAUUGAAAUCAGUCACUUAGUUUUUAAUGUAGUUAAAAACAUUUUUAUAAGUAUCAAAAUUACCUUUCAAUUAAAAUGAUCACAUAUAGUCAAUAAAUUAUUUCCUUUAUUCACCUUACGGAGCUCUGGCCCUUUUCAGUGUUUUGUGUUCUGUCUUCCGGUGUCACGAGCCACUGUUUUUAUUGUCAUGCAUUUAAUUAAUUUUUGACCGUGGAAUAUGUUUUUAUUUUUAGGUUACUUGUUAAUAUGUUCUAAUAUAGAUCAAUGUGUAAAUGACAUGAAAUUUCAACCUGUUGAAGUGUGUGUGUGUGUGUGUGUGUGUGUGUGUGUGUAUGUACACGUUUUUUUUUUUUUUUUUUUUUUAUGAGACAAACUUAAGAAAAAAGCACAAAAUGAACCGAGUCAAGGUGAACAAAAGUUCACUGUAAAAUUCACUCUGACCCAACACUAACAUUAGCACACAGCCCAGUAAACACACAGAUGGGUCAAAAACAGCACAAAGGAGAACCAGAAAGCAAUAAGUACCCAAACCAUACAACUGCUCUCCAAUUUAGAAAAAGUUUUAUCAUAAAAUUAAACAUAUACAUCACAACUUUGUGUCUGUAAAGCUAUGAGAAACUGCCCAUCCGACUAGAAGAAUUUCAUACUGUAUUAUUGCGAUUACUUUUUUUGUAUUUCAAUUACAGUUUUUUCCUCUUCUUUCUUUCUUUCUUUGUUGCUUUGCAUUAAUCUCAUUUUGCAUGUUUUGAUUGAAUGCAUCAACACUGCAAUUCUUUGGCAAAACAAAUGUACAAAUAUUUGUCAUGCUAAUAAAGCAGCUAAAACUGAAAACUGA